AUGUUGUCAUUCAAGGCCAUCGCAGUAACCCUAGCACUUAUCAAUGUCAGCCACGCUGCAACUUGCGAAGGGGGGAGUGCAAUCGCCUGCACUAUCAACGACGGUGCUCUUCCUCGUGUAAGCGAUAUGUGGACUGCUCGACAAAAUUAUUGCGGUCAGAACCAGUGGCAGUGGAACUCCUGUUACAGAUACCAGAACGGCCCGGCGACUGCAAUUUUUAUCCAGAACAGCAGUCCUGGGGGUAACAAUCAACAAGUGUGUUGGGAUGCCCUUGAGAAUAUUAUUAACCAAUGCUCAAGCUUAGGCCAAGGCCAAGCCUUUGGAUAUUAUGAUUAUAAUGGCGUGAGAUACCGAAUGGGUGGAUGCUCAAAUGCUCAUGUAUGCUAG